UACUAGACUAUACCUACCAGUACCACUCUCUCUCUCUCUCUCUCUGUCCUACUCCGGUUUUCUUUGUCAGCAAGCUCCUCCCUGGCGCCUGUCCCGUAAAAAGAAGGAAAGAGGCCACUGCGCCAUAAAAUCUCCCGUAUCUCUUCGAUUCUCAAAUCUGGUUUCUGUGGAUUUCUUUUUAAUUAUUAAUUGAGAGCUUCUCCAAACACUCCAUUCUUCCUUUAUCUAUUCGUUGAAACUCCAAACUCUGUCUUGAUACUCUAUGGGUGCGGCCGUCGAGUGUUGUCCGCCGCGCGUUGAUGAGGUGGCGGUUUUGCCUCUGAAUUCGCUUCCUCUAGGUUUCAGGUUUCGGCCGACGGAUGAGGAGCUGAUCGAUUACUAUUUGCGACAGAAGAUCAACGGAAAUGGGGGUGACGUAUGGGUUAUUCGAGAAAUUGAUGUUUGCAAAUGGGAGCCUUGGGAUUUGCCUGAUUUAUCGGUUAUACGGAACAAGGAUCCAGAGUGGUUCUUCUUCUGUCCGCAGGAUCGCAAGUAUCCGAAUGGGCAUCGAUUGAACCGGGCAACGACUCAUGGGUACUGGAAGGCAACGGGCAAAGAUCGCAAAAUUAAGUCUGGGUCGACCGUGAUUGGAAUGAAGAAGACUUUAGUGUUCUAUACGGGUCGCGCACCCAGAGGGAAGAGGACCAACUGGGUUAUGCAUGAGUACCGUCCUACCCUAAAGGAGCUCGAUGGUACCAAUCCUGGACAGAGUGCAUAUGUCCUUUGUCGUUUAUUUAAGAAGCAAGAUGAGACUCUUGAAAGUUCAAACUGUGAGGAAAAUGACCGGACUGUGUCUACUCCAGCCACUGCUAAUUACUCUCCAGAAGAAAUGCAAUCAGAUGUGGUUCCAAUGGCAGCUUCUCCAUCACUGGCUACUGAAGAUGACAAGAACAGGGCAGUUCCAUUCUCUGUCUCUGAGAAUUCUGAGGAGGCCACAUCCAACAUUAUAACACCAAUUGAUUGCAACGGUGAAGAAUGUGAUACUUGUGAUGUGCAGAAUAAGAUUGUUAUUCCAACAACUGCAGAGGAAGAUCAGCUUCUGAACUUUGACAUGUUUUAUGACCCAACAACUGAACCAUGGGAUGACAAACUCUUCUCUCCUGCACACCAGCAUAUCCCACCAGAAUUUUGUUUUCCUUUAAGCAAUGAAGUGGAUAAUUGUGGCUUGCAACUUCAGCAUGAUACAAAUGAGGUAAAUAUGGCUGAAUUUUUAAACUCAGUCAUCAACUGGGAUGAGUUAUCCUAUGAUUCCAGCAGUCAAAAGCCCACUUCCACGUUGGUUGAUGCUAAGGAUAAUGGAUCAGGCAGUGAUUCAGAUGUGGAAAUGCCAAAUAUACUGAGUCUGCAAGCAUUGCAUGCCGUGAAUCCUGGGGCAAUUGACAAAAGGACUCCUUCAAAGUUGGAGAAAAUUUCGCACUUUAACUGCACCAUCAGCUCUGAGCCUAGUGGUGAUGAGGAGAAGAGCCAUACUGGAUCGUUACGAAAUAAUUAUCUGAUGGCUUCCUCACCUGAUUCUGGCAUGGGCCAAGUAUACAACGUAGACAAUGAAUCCAGGAAUUAUAAUCCUGUUGUUAAUGGUGAUAUUGGAACUGGAAUCAGGAUAAGGCCUCGCCAAGUACGGAAUGACCUGCCAAACACAAACCCCGCAAGCCAAGGUACUGCACCCAGGAGAAUACGUCUGCAACGUAAACUUCAAUUGCACCCUCUUAGCUCCAAUGAGGUGGUCAAAGGUGGGAGCUGUGUACCAGAGGACCAUGGUUCAAAACCAAUUGUUGUGGGGGGGAUGAAAGCUUCAGAAAAUCACGCUGCUGAUGCGGAUGCUAUGGUUGCCAAAGUUGUAAACGAACCCCAGAAGAACUCUCCCGAGUUAACUGAUAUUACGGAGAUUGCUCAGCAACAUGCUACAAAAGCGGCGUCCAUUAAACUCGAGAUUUGGUCAUCUGUUGUAUUUUUUGUCACUGUACUGGUUUUAUUGGUCUUCCUAGCUUUCGUGUGGGGGGCAUUGUAGUAGAUGAACUUCUAGAAGAUCGUUCAUUUGUAUGUAAUUAAGCCCUCAGUGCUUUUUUUGUUUUAUUUUUAUUUUGGAGGGUAGGGAUACUUAGGAGCAUAUAGGGUUUUGUGCAUAUGUGGUCGUCGGGAGAUGAGAUACUCACCCAGUCUGUUGUUGUAUGUUAGGUUCUCACUCUCACAUCUCACUGUGUAAGGAUUUUGUUCAAGUCAGGUCGAGAUGCCUGAUGAA